AUGACGGCGGGGAGCUUAGAGCUUGUUGGAAUUGACGGGGGUGGUGCACGUGGCGUGACGCUACUUGAGUUUAUGGCACAGCUACAAAAGCUUCUAGGGAAUUGUCAAAUAUAUAGCAUGAUAGAUCUAGCGGUUGGCACAAGCUUUGUUUUUGAAGCUCUAGCCCGCCGUUGCUUUUCUCGUUCUAAGUCUAUUAGUGGAAGGAUAAAGUCUAUGCUGCACUAUGUAACUACUGACGCGAUGUAUGACGAGAGCUUCCUUGAGGAAUCCUUGCAGGAAAUACUUAAGGAUUGCAAACUAUUUAGAUAUAUCCCUGGUAUUAUAUCUGGGACUAAGGUGGCCCUUACAGCUACCUCGACUGGGAAUAAGCGUUCUAUUUUUACGAACUACAACAGGGCUUCACUGCCUAUAAUUUAG